UUUUACAGUUUUUUUGUCGCUCACGCAUAGAAAUUCGUAAACAAUUUUAAAUUAAUUAUUUAGUAAUUUUAAUAGUGUCGCUGAGUAUUGUGAUAUUUUGUUUUUAGAGCAUUUAAGUGAAAAAUUUAUGAAAAAAUAAAAAAAAUGUCCAAGAGAAAUCGAGAAGAUCUGGGUGAUGACUCCGAGAACGACGAUGAUGAUCAAGAUUCUGAUGAAGAAAGAGGAAUUCGCAUAGACGAUGACAUUUACAUUCCGCCACCUCCUCAUCGUUUCAGCCAGAACAGUGGCAAUGAGCCGCGGAUUAUCAUCACCAAAAUCAAGAACAUUAACUUCAAGAGUUACGCAGGUGAAGUAAUACUAGGUCCGUUUGAUACAAAUUUUUCAUCAAUCGUAGGGCCAAAUGGCAGCGGAAAGAGCAACGUCAUUGAUGCGAUGCUUUUUGUCUUUGGGUACCGAGCGACUAAGAUCCGGUCCAAGAGCGUCGGUGUUCUGGUCCAUAACUCGCCUGAACAUCCACAUAUUGAGAACUGCAUGGUAUCUAUUUAUUUUUCCAAGAUCAUAGACCGGCCCGAUGGCUACGAGAUUGUACCCAACACCGAAUUCGUUAUUUCAAGAAGAGGUUUUGUAGAUAAUUCGUCAUAUUACGAGUUGGAUGGACGUAAAGUGCAAUUUAAAGUGAUUGAACGUGUACUGCGGAACGAGGGAAUAGAUUUGGACCACAGCAGGUUCUUAAUUCUGCAAGGAGAAGUUGAGCAGAUAGCAUUGAUGAAGCCAAAGGCUGCUAACGAGAACGACACGGGGAUGCUGGAGUUUCUGGAUAGCAUUAUCGGGACAGAUAGAUUUAAAAUUCCUCUGGAGAAGCUGGCAGACAAGCUAGAAGAUUUAUCGGAACGAUUCACUGAGCGUGAGCGGCGCAUGCGAUUAGUUGAAGAGGAAAGAAAUUCUCUGCGUACUCCAAUGCAGGAAGCUGUUAAUUAUCUGGAGCGGGAAAACGUUAUUAUCAAGUUAAAGAAUAAAUUUUAUCAAUGUAAGAGCUAUGAAAUUAAAAUUGCGAUGCGAGAGAGCGAAGAAAGCAACCGCGAGAUUGAAGCUGAGUACGAUCAAUUGAAGGGAGACAUGGGGGAAGUUAAAGGAAAAUUGAAUGAGUUGACUCAGGAGUUUAAGGAAAAGAGUAAAAAGUGGCUGAAUGUGGAGCAGAAAAAAGAAUCUGCAGAUGCGCGGUAUCAGGAGCUGAGCAAACGCGACGAGACUUUGCAUGUGCAACUGGUGGAGCAGAAUAAGCGGAGGAAGGACAACAAAGUCGCAAUCGAGAAAGAACAAGCCAAGUUGGAAGAACUGGAACGCGUGCCUGAGAAGAAUGCGAAAGACAUUGAAGAGUGCGAGGAAUUGAUUAAGAAACAAGAGGUCAUUCGUGAACGCGAGGAUCGCGAGUACAAGGAGAUGAUGGAGAAGAUCCACAAGAAGACCGAGCCGCUGAUUAAAGAGCGCGAGGGAUUCGAGAGCCAGUUGAUUGGUUUCACUGCUGAUCUCAACAAAGCGCGCGCCGCUUUUGGUCUUGCAGAGACUGAGUUGGAGAUUUAUUUGUCGACGGAGAAAAAGGAGCGUGAAACACUCGAUAAGAUAACGGAGGAAUUGCGUACAGUCUCGGAGAAAAUCCAGCAGCUAAAACAACAGCUCCAAGCUUUUGAAAAGAAGAUCCCGGCGACGGAGAAAUCUCUCAAGCAAGCGCAAGAUGAACUGGAGGCUGUGAAAGCCCGAGAGGUUGAGUUUAACGGCAAGUUAAGAGAGCUAAGGGCACUGCACAACGAACAGAGCUCGGCUAUGAGCAGCAACAAGUCGCGUACUAAACUGAUGGGAGCGUUGAUGGAGGAAAAGAAUUCUGGGAGAAUACCUGGGAUACUUGGCCGACUUGGUGACCUGGGUGCCAUUGACGCAAAGUAUGAUGUCGCGAUAUCCACAGCAUGCGGUCCACUCGAUAACAUCAUCGUGGACACGGUCGCUACCGCAGAAACUUGCAUUCAGUUUUUGCGCGACAAUAAUAUUGGACGGGCGACUUUCAUUCCAUUGGAGAAGCAGCAGCGCUGGGUGCCACACUGCAAUCAGAAGAUAAAUACACCUGAAAAUGUGUCCCGGCUAUUUGAUUUGAUCCGCGUUACUGAUGAUCGAGUGCGUCCGGCAUUUUACUACGCAUUGAGAGACACUCUGGUGGCAGACGAUCUGGACCAGGCAACUAGAAUCGCUUAUGGACAGAAACGGUACCGCGUGGUGACAUUAAAAGGCGAAUUAAUAGAACUCACUGGUACUAUGAGUGGUGGAGGCAGUCGCCCGUUGUCUGGGCGCAUGGGCCAACGCGUGCGCACUUCCGAGGUCACGGCCGCGGAUCUUGAACGAGUUACCAAGAAACUGGAUGAUGUCUAUAAUGAGUGCAAUAGACUGAGAGCACAACAGGCUCCGCUGGAGGAUCAGAUCAGAACGCUGUCUGCCGGUCUUCAGGAAAUGAUCAGCAAUAGAGACACAUUUGGCAAUCAAGUAAAGGCGCUGGAGGGAAGAGAGCCGCUGCUGAAGAAACAGCUCAAGUUGCAGGAGAAGAAAGUCCAGGAGUCAAUCGUUGAUCCUAAACGAGUUGAUGAGCUAACUCAGGUACGCGAUGAUCGCCGCGACGAGUUUGAUAAUUUACAAGAACGCUCGCAGAAAAUUCAGGAUAAAAUAGAUAAAAUAAACGAUAAAAUAAAUGAUAUUGGUAGCGAUAAGAUAAAGGCCAAACAGAAGAGUAUAAAUGAGAUUGUGAAGGGAAUCGACAAGGCAAAGAGUGAAAUCACUCGGCUGAAAGUUGCUACCAAGGCGGCUGAAAACAACGCCGUGAAAACGCGUCGCAAAAUUGAAACUCUUGAAGCCGAGAUAAAAGAAUGCAUUAAAAAUAUAACUGAUGGGCAGCAGGAGAGAGUUGACUUGGAGCAAGAGGCCAAGCAAUUGAAGGAAGAGCAGACUGCUUGCGAGGAAGCCCUCGCUGAACGUGAUCAAGUCCUAGGCGAGCUUACCAACGAGAUAAAGCAGCUACAAGCUAAAGAGACUAAGAUGAAGUCUGCUAAAAUAGAUCUUGAUCAAAAGCUCGCUACCAGCAGAAAACAGUUGGCUGAGUUUACGGCAAAGGUUAAGGAUUGCGAGUCAAAGUUACAUGGGCUCAAGUUGAACAAGAUUCCGGAGCAGGAGCAAGAGGAUUUGGUCGAGCUGACUGAUGAUGAGCUCGCCAGCUUAGAUGCCAAGACAGUAGCUGCCAAUUUAGCUGCUGCCAAAGAGCGAUUGCCUGCCGAGAUGCCCAACAUGCAGGUGAUCCAGGAUUUCUUCAAAAUAGACCAAAACUUUCUCAAACGUUCAAAAGAAGUCGAAGAGAUUGCAGAGCUGAAAAAUUCAAUGCGCGAGCAUUACAACAGAAUAAAGCGGACGAGGCUCGAAGAAUUCGGAGCUGGUUUCGAUGAACUGAAUACCAAACUCAAGGAAAUGUAUCAGAUGAUAACUCUUGGAGGUGCUGCUGAGCUGGAGUACGCGGAUUCACUGGAUCCCUACAACGACGGUAUUGUUUUUAGCGUACGUCCGCCGAAGAAGUCUUGGAAGAACAUCAGCAACUUGAGUGGAGGCGAAAAGACUCUCAGCUCCUUGGCGUUGGUGUUUGCGCUGCAUCAUUACAAGCCUAGUCCUCUCUACUUCAUGGACGAGAUUGAUGCGGCGCUGGAUUUUAAGAACGUCUCUAUAAUUGCGAACUACAUAAAAGACAGAACGAAAAAUGCUCAAUUUAUUGUCAUCAGUUUAAGGUCGGAGAUGUUUGAGCUCUCAAACACACUCGUGGGCAUCUACAAGACCUUCAAUUCCACCAAAACAGUGACAGUUACCAGGAAACAGUUAUAUUUAGCUCACCCAGACAUCGAGAAAAUGGAACGAGAACGCAACGAACGGCAUCAGGGAAGUCAGAACAGAAAUCUAGCAGCUUCUCAGCCGGUUAAUCAUGUCAAUGCUCAUGUUAACAUGCCGCUCACUUGUCCUGCGAGGUUGCCCACCAAUGAGGAUAAUCAGAAGCGCCGAGCCAGUGAACCAGGUGCUCCGCCCGAACAAGGCCCAGGUGCUGAAGCCACCGGUGAAAUUCUUGCGGGUCAGGUCAAUGGAAAUUCAAGUGACAUCUCCGAGAAUUUAGAACUAGAUUACGAGUUGGGACUUAAAGUAAGACCUGAAGAGGUCGAUGACAGCUUGGGGUUGGAGGAAAGUCUAACUUCUAACAAUUCGUCUCGAGGGUCGUCGCCACCAUCUAAAAAAUAUUGUUUAGAUAAAAGUGCAUGAUUGUCCGUCUUAUAAUUAAUUUAAUAUUUUUACAAAUUAUAUUUAUAAUUGUAUAGCGGCAUAUUUUAAUGAAUAUGUAUAAAUAAAUUUUAAUAAAAAAAAAUUAUAAAUAUAUAUAUAUAUAAAUAAGAAUGAAUAUAAAUAUGUAUACAUAUAACACUAAUGAAGUUCUAUUGAUGAUGUUAAACUUUGAUCUCUUAAUUAUAA